ACAUUCAAGUCCUCGCAACGAAUGGCUUACGCGGACGCAACAAAGCGUCAUCACAAUAGCGAUCGGGUGAUCUCAAAUGGACACUCAAAAACUUUUGGUUUCCCUCACUGCUUCUUCUGGCUCCCUCACUUCCUACGACGAUCCGCGUAUUCCAGGACCUGGUGUUCUGUACGCCUGACGACUUUGACAGUACUUAUACACUCUACUGCUUCACCAUACUCAACCCCUCAAGCCCAACUCUCGUCUUUCUUUGCCCGGCGCAUUCAUAAUACCAUGGUCAACUUCACCAUUCUUGCCGGAGGCUACUCGUCUGCUAUCGUGACAUAUCUCUUCAACUCUGAUGCUGGCGCGCUUUCUGUCGUCGGCCAGUCGCCCACUGGUACCAACCCAUCGUGGAUUGCGCUUCACCCUACCAACCAGAGCAUUCUCUACGCCACGAAUGAGAACACCGAGGGGGGCCUGCAGUCGUUUGUUAUCAAAAAUGACGGCCUCCUUACAGACGCACUCGCCACCGUCUCGUCUGGUGGGAAUGGCCCUGCGUUCGCCGUUCCUCUGUCUACUGGCGAGGUUGCCGGCAUGAACUUCGGUUCAGGAAACGGGGUCAUCGUGCCCACAGAGGAGGAUCCGACGCAGUUUGUCUCUGGCGCACCAGUCAUCACAUUCCCGGCGCCCCCGUCCCCGGCGGUCUCGCACCCACACAUGGCGCUCGAGGUUGGCUCGGAGGUCUUUGUCCCUGACUUGGGUGCAGACACCAUCCACCGCCUCGUGCGCGACGGCCCCGCAGGCAACUUCAAGGUCCAAGGCGAGAUCGAGCAGCCCGCCGGCUCCGGCCCCCGGCACAUCGUCGUGCGCGGCGACCAGCUCUACACGAUCCACGAGCUUGCCUCCACGCUCACGCAGCAGACGAUCCCCGCCGACCCGUCCGUCCCCGCCGCGCCGCUCGCCGCGAACCUCUCCAUCGUGCCCCCCGGGCUCCCCGCGGGCGCGUCGAUGGCCGCCGCGGAGCUCCUCCUCGCGGAGGCGUCCCCGGCGCCGGGCUCGAACUUCACCCAGGCGUUCCUGUACGCGUCGAACCGGAACGUCGGCGCGCAGGACCCGCGCGGGGACGCGAUCGCGAUCUUCGCGCUCGAGCCGCAGCUCGCGCUCGUCAAGCACGUCUUCACGGGGCUCGACCAGAUCCGCGGGAUGCAGCUCAGCGGGGGGCCAGAGAACGAGUACGUCGUCGCGGCGGGGGUCGCGGGGAGCGCGGGGACGGUCGUGCUCCGGCGCACGAACGGGGGCGCGGACCUGGAGAUCGUGGCGACGAACACGGACGUCCCGACGCGGUCGAGCUUCGUUUGGCUCAGCGACUGAGCUGGGCGGGGUCUGUCUGUCCAGUCUCUUGGCGUGACCAUAGCAAUUAUGCGUGUAUCUAUCACCAGGUUAUCUGUGCUCUUGAUGAGGACGCCCACGGCCAAUCUCGAGUGCCGUCGUCUGCGACCGUUGCAGGCUCUCUAUCUGAAUGCGCCCCCUCCCAACACGAAUGCCAAAACCAUUCCUCUCUCCCAGGAGGACAUCGCGAACCCGCACUAGUGUCACAAUUCAACCCCCGAACCGCGGAACCCGACCGCUGCGCACACGCAACUCAAUUGUGCGCGGGCUCCCCGUGACAGCAGGCAUGCGCCGGGAGCAGAAGCCCGCCCGUCUCCGUACUUCGUCUUCGUGCACAUGUCGCGCGGUGCCCAGCUUUGCGUGUUCUGUCCGUGCGCGACGUCUUCUGGAGCCCGGGUCCGUGGUGCGGAAGGUAUAUUACGAGAGGGUAUACGGCGGCGCGCGCCCGUCCGAGUCCGACCGCGCAGCAGCGAAUAGCGAGGGGUACCGUACAUUUUUUGCUGCCUACCGGAGAGCGUAUCUGGGGUUCGUCUAUAGUCCGCAAAGAAUCCUGAAUAACUGAGGCGUAAACAAAAGAAGGGGUGGUGCAGCGCCGCCCCGCAGGCGGGCGAGCGCGAGAGGUCCGAGUUCGUCCGUAGCAAAACGUGAUGGGACAUGAAGACGAGGCGAAGGGUAUGAGACAUGUGGCGGGGGACUGCGGGCAGCGACGAGCGACUGCUAACGAGCCCGCAUGCCAAGGGGGGUACCGAUGCGGGGGGCAUUACGGGUAUUAAACGACGUUAUACAUAUGUACAGCAGCGGGUCCUGUGCAGGUAGUGAGUGUGCAGACGACGACGACGGGGGAGGGUCCGCUAUGGUCAGCACGAGCAAUCCAAUCCAAGAAGCAUGUCACCGUGGGGGGGCCCAAUUGUAUCAUUACACGAACGUCCGUUCUCCCUUCUCGCAUGAACUUUUUGUUUGGCUCACGGGGACCGCGGGUCGUUCACGACGCGGUCAUCCGGCGGCCGCCAGGCGCGCUCCGCCUCGACGCUUGUCCACCUACGAUCGACGGCUGCAUCCUUGCGGCAGCGUUCGCUGGGUAGGCGUUCGUGCCGAACGCAGAAUACUGGCCGGGGUGGUGCGCCGCCGGGUACUGAUGCGCGGCCGCGACGUAAUGAUGCUGCUGCUGGUGCGGGUACUGCAUGCCCGGCCCAGGAUACGACACGCUGGGUGCGGCGACGGGCGCAGGCGCGUACGCCGAGGGCCCGACAAGCGACCCCGAGGCGUAGCCUGGCUGGCUGGGCCGACGCGAGGCGGGGGGACACGCGGGGGGCGGGACGUCGCGCUCGUAGCUCCAGGUAGCGAACGGCGAGGGCGCGAUGGACAUGGACAUGGGGGCCUUGCCCACGACGACGGCGCUGGCGGCACGCGCGCGAGAGCUGGCAGCGACGCCGGCGUGGCCCGGGUAGGGUGAGGGCGGGGGGCUGCCGGCGUGGAUGAGCUGGACGAGGUGGGGGUGGCGCUUGGCCUCUGCGAGGAAGAGGUGUGCGCCGGCGAGCUCUGGGGCGGGGUCGAGGACGAUACGGCUGAGCGCGGGGUUCUGCGCGAUGUCAAGCAGAGUCGUGUUCCACACCGCGGGCAACAUCGUGCUCAGCGUGUGCAGCCGGGGGAGCGUCGCGAGCGCCUUGGUGAGCGCGCUCGCGGCGGGAGAGGGGCUGAGCCGGAAGGCGACGUUCACCGUUUCCUGCAAGAAGCCGUCAGUUACGUCAAUCAUCACACAUCGAAUCCCUGCCAAUUCCUCCCGUCCGAGAACACCAGCGAAGCUCGACGCAGCAGAACCCAUCUUCCUGUCCGUCGCUCAUCUGCUACCAGUCCAUUCUCGGACAUGCGCGCACGACGCAGUGAAACAGAUCGAACGCGACUCACCAGCUUGUGCCAGCGCGUCAUGGCCUUCGCGAGCUGUUCGAAGAUGUAGAUUGCAUUAGGCUGCGUCAGAUACGCGUUCUUGCGGAUGACGAGGUGUCGGACGCGGCGCGUCUUCGCAAACGCCUCGCAGAACUGCACCACGCCACGGUCGCGGCUAAGAGCGUCUGCCGCCGGGAUCACGCCAGUCGUGACGGUCAGCGUCGAGUCGGCGUUGUCCACGGUGACGUCGAGUGUGUCGAGGUUCGAGCACAGGGGGAUGAGGUCGCGGAGCGCGGGAGAGGUAGCGUGCAGGUGGAGGCUGCGGAUGCACGGCGCGAGCGAGGGAGUGUAGCGCAGGGCGCGGAGGAGGAGCUCGACAUGGCGCGGGGUGCGGAGGACUGGAUGGCGGUAGUGGACGGGGGUCGCGAUACGUAACCAGGCGCGGCAGACGAGCAGCGGGGAGAUCACGUUCGGAAGGGUGGAGGGAGGCGUCUGGUAGGGAUGCCAGGAAGCCCGCGAGGGCUCUGGAGACUGAACGAGGAUGAGGGCGAGGAUGCGCUCGAGGAUCUCCUCGGGGACGUCAGCGAGCGUGGCGAGGCGGGUGCGGGUGCGGGGGGCUGCUGUGCGGCGGGCAGGCAUCGGGGACGGCGGCGGCGGCUAGCGUGGACGGACUGGGUGUGUGCUGGUGAUGAAGUGCGCGCCGGGCGAGAAGAGAUAGGCGUGGCCUUGAGCCGUUCGUUUACUGGGACGAGGACGGGGUGAGCUGGCGAGAGUGGGCAGAUAUAAGCACGGCGGAUCGCUUGCGAGCGAGCACAGGCGCGCGAUGC